GUUGGCCUUUGAAAUUUUGGUUAAUAUAAAAAUUCACUAUGGAAACUUCAAUUGUGGCACUGGAAAAGAAAAAUAAGUUAGAUACAAGCGCUAAGGAUGACCUAACAGUUUUUAACUUAACAGAGAGUUUACGUAUUCAAAAAGAAAACCUUAGAACUCCUGGUUUACUUCCACCACCUCUUAUUUCACAGUUGGCGAGUAUUAGUUUAAAUAAAGAACUAAGUUACAAGGGACAAACAAUUUCUUACGGUAAACUACCUUCUAAACCGUCUGAAAACAAAGAUAGCUAUAACGAAAGUCUUCUUUCUUCUUUAACUUCCUGUCGCGAGCAGGUUGUCUUUAGCGUUUCCUAUAGAUGGUGACAGACAAGUUGACGAUUACCUUCACACUCUUAAUAAAGGUCUUCAGGAUGGAAACUUAUAUAAAUCUGCUGCACUAAAGAUAAAGAGUGGUCUUCUGAAGUCUUUUGACGCGAAGUUGGAAAAAUCUCACUACCGUGCCAUUAAAGAUAUGAGCGAUUUUUAUCAAAAAGAAAUUGAGAUAUUAGAGGAGAAACUAGAGUUAGCAGAAUCGCAACUUCAAGCAUUUCGCUCUUCUCAGUCCAGCGAGACGAGGCUUAGCGACAGUGCAGUUAAGUCUGUUUUCAACAGCGGCAAAGAGAGGCAAGAGAGGCAGGAGUUAAGAAAAGCGCGUCUUAAAAACUUUUUGGGUUUUCUUCCGGACGCAAACUAUUCGGUUAAAGAUAAUACACCGCUUCUGUUCGAAAACAUUCCAGGACUGCAAGAAAUGGAGGACUCCUCGGUGUCAGAUUCCAAAAGCGAAUCUGUCUCCUCUUUUUCCGUGCCUUCGCUUUCAGAGCCCCUUGGUGCUCUGAGUAGGAUGCAAUCUCCUUGUGCACCUCAUCCUUCUUUCUCGUCACCGCCUCCCCCCCCGCCUCCCCCGCCUCCGUCUUUGUUUUCCUCUAAGCGAGCUUAUAAACAUCGGCAUCGAAAAAGAAUGAAAAGCCUAUUCUGGACCCGCCUUCGCUCAAAUCCAAGUCUUGAAAAAAACUGCCUUUGGAAUGAUAUGAAGCAGUUUGACUUCGACUUUGGGGAUAUCGCAGAACGUUUUUCUAUUACCAGCGCCAUGUCUAUGAAGGAAAGGAAGACGCACGGUCUUAAAAAGGUUGUUAGAGUACUCGAUGAAAGAAAGAGUCGCUCGUUAGGUAUCAUCUACAAGAACUUCGAGAGGAGGAGCAUUAAUUUUAAGCAAGCGCUGACGGACCUCAGUGACCAUAGUGUUGAGGCCGAGGAGUUCCAGAAGCUACUGAGUCUUUUCCCUACGGAAGAGGAUUUGGCUUCCUUGCGCUCCGUCGUGGAAAAAAAUCAGUCCGGCUUUACUAGCGGGGAAGUUCUCGAAGAGGGAGAAGCUUUCAUAUUAGAAACGGCGGGAGUUCCUUUUGCUAGAGAAAAAUUGAAAGUGCGGAUAUUUCAGGCUUCUUUUAGCGACAAAAUAUAUGAACUAAACGUGCUGUUCAGAAAAAUAAGAUCCUUUUGUUUGGGCUUGAGAUGUAAAGGCAUUAAAACUAUCUUGGGCAUCAUACUUUGCAUAGGAAACUUUAUGAACGAGGGAAACUCCUCUAUUGAGCGUGCGUGGGGCUUUACAAUCGACGUUUUAACAAAACUUAAGCUUGUAAAGACUGUUGAUGGAAAAUCGAAUUUGCUGGAAUUGGUCGUCGAAAAGUUUUUUUUUGUAGAAACGAAUCUCGCGUUGCUCGUCAACUUAAAAUUUUCCGGCGGAGAACUGCCCUUUCCCCUUCCUGAUCCUGAACUCGCCUUGGACCUCAGCCGUUGUGAAUUUAAAGACAUCGACAGUAAAGUUGCUGAUCUAAACUCGCAGCUUAAACGUUUGCGAAACGAAUCUACCUUACAACAAUGUCAAACCGAUUUUCCUGUAGAAAUGAAGGAGAUUACUGCUCUCUUGAGUUCGGCCGAAGAUGAGGCUUCGCUACACUUCUCUUCCGAAAUAAUUGUUUUUCUUGAAACUGCUGGGAGUCUGCUUGAGGAACUCGCAGUGGAAUCCGACUUGAAUCGAAGACUUCGGGAGGAAACAGCCUUCUACUUCGGGUACUGCCAAGAGGAGAUGAACACACUUUCCUGGGAAGACUUCUUUCAAACUUGGGCCGAAUUUUUAAAGGACGCUCACUCCUGCUGGAAAAAAGAGAACAGAAAUAUUGACAAGCAAAUGUACUUUUCGCAAAAAAAAAAGAAUCUAAUUCGUGGCAGUUUUUGUUUUAGUAAUUCUGCAGCUACAAACAAUAAUAUAAUUAGCCGUUUUUUAGUUUUAAAAUUUGUUAUAAGAAAAAACGUGCCACUUGAAUAAGUUAACUUUAACUUUUAUAACUGGCCGAAAGCUUUGAGCAGAUUCAAAUCAAAAGGCGGCAUCAAAAAGCAAAUGUAAGUACUCGAAAGCAGAGCAGCAAAUC